AUGUACUGGACCGCCAUGCUGGCCGCGCGGAGGGGCAGCCCAACCCUGCUGGCCAUCAUAAGGCAGAUCGUCUCGAACGUGCAGGCGCGCUACUACGGGCCGCCGCGCGGCGUGGACCACGCCGACCUGUACAUCACGGGCCGGGGCAUGCUGACGGAGGUCCUGCGCAGAGAGACGCCGCGGGGCCUCCGCUCGAGCUGCAGGCUGCACGUGAGCCAGAUGUGGAAGGUGAAUAUCCCGGAGUCAAAGGUCAGGGAGACCACCGGCCGCAAGCGCGUCAUUGCGGAGGUCGACGAGGAUGUGCACAGGGCCAUGCGGUCUUGCGACAACUGCGACUCCUACGGGUCCCUGUUCCAGCGGCACCAGGUCUACUGCAGCGAGCGGGGUCCCAGGUGCCAAUUCUCAGUCACCCCAUUGCCGCCGGCAGAGAGGUACGCGUCCCUGGUGGUCUCGUGA